AUGUAUGGCAAAAUCGUGGAGGAAGAGGGACAAAGAACCUGGACAUUUAGCACUGUCAUUCUUGGGAGUAAAUAUUUUCAUAUUGGAGAUCAAGAUGAAUGUAGCAUUUAUGGUACUUGCAGCCAGACCUGCAAGAAUACAUACGGAUCCUACAUUUGCAGUUGUGUGGAAGGCUACAUAAUGCAGUCAGACAACAGAUCUUGCAAGGUCAAAAAUGAACCUUCAGAUAAGCCACCAAUGUUACUAAUUGCAAGUCCUGAAACAAUUGAGCUCUUCUACAUCAAUGGAAGCAAAAUGACAACUCUAAGCUCAGCUAACAGAAAUGAAAUCCAUACUCUAGAUUUUAUUUAUAGUGAAGAAAUGAUUUGCUGGAUUGAAUCAGGAGAAUCUUCUAAUCAACUCAAAUGUGGCCAGAUGACAAAAUCAGGAAGAUUGAUAGAUCAAAGGAUAAUUAACAGUCUUCAAUCCUUCCACAAUGUGGAACAAAUGGCAAUUGACUGGCUUACCAGAAAUAUCUACUUCGUGGACCAUGUCAGUGACCGGAUCUUUGUUUGUAAUUUCAAUGGCUCUGUGUGUGUCACCCUGAUUGAACUGGAGCUUCACAAUCCUAAGGCCAUAGCAGCAGAUCCCAUCGCAGGAAAACUUUUCUUUACCGACUUUGGGAAUGCUCCCAGAAUCGAGAGAUGUGAUAUGGAUGGGAUGAACAGAACAAGGAUAGUUUAUUCGAAGACAGAGCAGCCGUCUGCCCUGGCUUUGGACCUCAUCAACAGACUGGUUUAUUGGGUAGAUCUCUACUUGGACUACGUGGGAGUAGUAGACUACCAAGGCAGAAACAGGCAUACGCUUGUUCAAGGCAGACACGUUAAACAUCUCUAUGGCAUAACUGUAUUUGAAGAUUAUUUAUAUGCAACCAGUUCCGAUAACCUCAAUAUCGUACGAAUAUACAGAUUUAAUAGCACUGAUAUUCACUCAAUAAUUAAAAUGGAAAGUGCUCGAGGAAUCCGAACAUAUCAGAAGAGAACCCAGCCAACAGUAAGAAGCCAUGCCUGUGAAGUGGAUGCAUAUGGAAUGCCAGGGGGAUGUUCACACAUCUGUCUGCUCGGCAGCAGCUAUAAAACAAGGACCUGUCGCUGCAGGACGGGCUUCAACAUGGGGAGUGAUGGCAGGUCAUGCAAAAGGCCAAAGAAUGAAUUGUUCCUCUUUUAUGGGAAAGGACGCCCAGGAAUUGUUAGAGGAAUGGACUUGAAUACCAAAAUAGCUGAUGAAUGCAUGAUCCCCAUAGAAAAUCUGGUAAACCCCCGUGCUUUAGAUUUCCAUGCGGAAGCUAAUUAUAUCUACUUUGCUGACACGACCAGUUUCUUAAUUGGCCGGCAGAAGAUAGAUGGCACAGAGCGAGAAACCAUCCUGAAAGAUGAUCUGGAUAAUGUAGAAGGUAUUGCAGUGGACUGGAUUGGAAAUAACCUUUAUUGGACCAAUGAUGGUCACAGAAAAACCAUUAAUGUGGCCAGGCUGGAAAAAGCUUCUCAGAGCCGGAAAACUCUGCUGGAGGGAGAAAUGUCUCAUCCAAGAGCAAUUGUGGUAGAUCCAGUCAAUGGUUGGAUGUAUUGGACAGACUGGAAGGAAGAUAAAAUUGAUGACAGUGUUGGAAGGAUUGAGAAGGCUUGGAUGGAUGGAGUCAAUCGACAGAUUUUUGUGACUUCGAAAAUGCUGUGGCCAAAUGGUUUAACACUAGACUUUCACACCAGCACAUUAUAUUGGUGUGAUGCCUACUAUGAUCAUAUUGAGAAAAUAUUUUUGAAUGGAACGCACCGAAAGAUUGUAUACAGUGGAAAAGAGCUGAACCAUCCUUUUGGCCUGUCACAUCAUGGGAAUUAUGUAUUCUGGACAGAUUACAUGAAUGGUUCAAUUUUUCAACUCGAUUUGGUGAGCAGUGAGGUGACGUUGCUGAGGCACGAAAGAGCACCCCUGUUUGGGCUUCAGAUUUAUGAUCCACGGAAACAACAAGGUGACAAUAUGUGCCGCAUUAACAAUGGGGGCUGUGGCACGCUCUGCCUCGCCAUUCCAGCAGGCCGUGUGUGCGCCUGUGCUGAUAAUCAGCUUUUGGAUGAAAAUGGAACUACUUGCACAUUCAAUCAUAGCUGCCCGGAGGAUCAGUUUAAAUGCCAGAAUAAUCGUUGUAUCCCCAAGAGAUGGCUUUGUGAUGGAGCAAAUGAUUGUGGGAGCAAUGAAGAUGAGUCUAACCAAACCUGCACAGCCAGAACUUGUCAAGCUGACCAAUUUUCUUGUGGAAACGGGCGCUGCAUUCCUACAGCAUGGGUAUGUGACCGAGAAGAUGACUGUGGUGACCAGACAGAUGAAGUGACAUCCUGUGGUAAGUUAAGAAUGGGUUGUGCUUUAGGAAACAUGUCAGAUACAGUGCACUGGCACUGCAUUUCCCUUAUCAGCUAUCUCUACAUGAAUAGGACUUUACUUUCAUUACAACUCUUUGAACAUGACUUUCAAUGCCUGCUUCAGAACAGAUCUUGGUCAUGA